UCAUAUUUUCACCGUCGAGUGAGCUUUGAGAGCAGCAAAAGCAGUCAUUCGGUCUAAUUCAAUUUAGAAUUUACUUAGUUGACACAUAGCUAGCCUUCAAUGUAAUUUUAAUUUAUGCUAUUAUUUUACAAAAUUUGUAAAGGAGGUUUUUGAAAAAUAAUCGAAAGUAAAAUAGGCAAUGCUAAGCUCAUUAAAUAACAUAUGAGAAAAUAACUAUUGCUUUUCAAUAAAAUAAAUGAUUUUGCGAUUUUCAAAUAACGCCAGCUAAUAUUUUUGCUUACCAUUUUAACAAUCAAAAUUUAAGUUUUAAGACAAAUAUAAGUACAUUGCUCAAUUUAAUGUUUUUUUUUUUAAUGAAUAUCAAAAACAGUUAGAUUUCCGGUAGUCGUCUUGACAAAUAAUGUCCUCUCAAAUGACUCAUAUUAAACUCGAGUUUAUUGUGCUCGAGUAGAUUUAUUACAUAAAAAUAUUCCGGUCUAUUGGAAUGGCAGACAAGGCGCAAAAUCGCACGGCGGGCGCACUUGUAGACAGACACCUGCUCGCCACGCUUUUGUGCACAUCCGAACGGUUUCACAUGCACACGAGUCGUAUAUUUAAUACAAUAAAAAAGCACGAGAUGUGCGAGUGCGUAGCUGGCUGAGUCUUUCUGCGGCACCCGUACAAGUGCUGCAGGAGUGAAAGAAAAAGAAAGACGAGAUCCGCUUUGGGCAGGAUUCGCGGCCAGUGGGCACCGCGGUGCGCUUCGGUCCGCACACAGCCUAGACACUGUAGUGGAAAAAACUGCGACACUAUGAGUUCCAAGGAGGAGGACGACGAGCAGGAGGACUCCUUCGACUAUUGUCCGGGCGGUUACCACCCUCUCGCUCUGGGCGAGUGGCUCAACCAGGGGCGGUACUUUUGUACGAGGAAACUCGGCUGGGGGCAAUUUUCCACGGUGUGGUUGGCGUGGGACACUUUGGAGAAAAGAUUUGUUGCCAUCAAGGUUGUAAAAAGUUCUCAGCAAUACACAGAUGUGGCCAAAGAUGAAAUAAGACUUCUUUUAGACGUCCGAAGGCGUUACACUCAAGAAGGAAUACUCGGAGCUGAAAGGGUGGUUCAACUGCUCGACAACUUUCAAGUUUCGGGGCCAAAUGGAAUCCACCAGUGCAUGGUUUUUGACGUGCUGGGGGUCAAUCUCCUGAAACUGGUCGCCGAGUCAGACUACAAAGGCAUUCCUCUAAUUCAAGUAAAACAAAUUACCAGACAAGUGCUGGAGGGUUUGCAUUACCUCCACAAUGCAUGCGGCGUCAUCCACUGUGAUAUCAAGCCAGAGAAUAUUUUGCUGGCCACCACUCAGGACCAAGUGCGACGACUGGCGGCCGAGGCCUUUGACCUGGUUGAGGCAGGGCAGCCCUUGCCGCCUUCAUUUGUGUGCUCUAGUACCCUGACGACGCAGAGGCAACGUCGACGCUCUCUCUGUUUUUGGGACAAAAUUAGGCACAACAUUAUUGGACCAGAGGACGUCGGUCUUCCUGCCAACUUGAAAGAUGACGCCGACAUGAGAAGGCAGCUUUUGAUGGCCGCCGACCCUUUGGGCCCUUCAAGUGUUGUACUUGCAGAUUUGGGCAACGCCUGCUACAUCGACAAUCAUUUUUCUGACGAAAUCCAAACGCGGCAAUACCGUUGUUUUGAGGUUUUAAUUGGCGCCGAGUACGGCCCGGCUGCUGACAUCUGGAGCGUGGCCUGUGUGGCCUACGAGUUGGCCACCGGCCGUUUCCUCUUCUCAGGGAAAGCUGACGAGAAUGGCUCGGCCACUGACAAUCACAUUGCUUCGAUCGAAGCCCUUUUGGGUCCGGCGCCAAAGCACAUUGCCCUAGCAGGGCAUCUCUCGAAAAGGACGUACAUGUCGAACGGACUACUACGACCUGAUUUGAAACAAACUAGUGCUAAAAUCGAGGAUUUGUUGAUGAAAGAGGCAGGGAUGGAUGCCACAGAAGCGGGCAAAUUUUCCGACUUUUUAAAAUAUUUACUUCAUCUGGACUGGACAAAGAGGCCAACAGCUUACGAAGCUCUCCAGCACCCUUGGCUGAAAAACUGAAAAUAGUUUUUUAAUUAUCAAAUAAUUAUCAUAAAAUAUAUCAGUUUGUAAUCAUAAAAAUUGAUAAAUUUUAGUUCUAAUGGAUAAAAUUUGUAAAAAUUAAUUCAUCAUGGAUUUAAAUUACCCAUAUAAUAUGACAAUUUUUUAUUGUUAUACUUGUUGAAAAUAAAUAAUAUUGAUAAAAUUGAAAAAUUUAUUUAUUUA